UUAAAGGGAAAGCUAUUCUCAGAUUCUGAAUCCAUACAAGCAAGAGCUGAAGCUGCUAUGCUUCUAAAGCAGUUGGAUUACCCGGUGGAUAGCUUAAAGGCAAAACUACUUGAAAAGUUGGAACAAUCUCUUGGGGAUCUUCAACUUAAGACUGAUGAAUUAAACAAUGUUUCAAUGGAUCCUAACGAUCCAUCCAAACUAGGAAAAGUUCUCGAUUCUGACCCUGCAACCAUUCAUGAGGCCUCUGUUCGUGAGUUUGCUGAGGCUAUCCGUGCUUAUCGAGUAAUAUUUCCUGACUCAGAAAAGCAGCUGAUUAAGCUUGCACGAGAUCUGAUUACCACACAUUUUGAAACCACUGAGCAAUAUGUAAAGGGACGGAUUUGUGCUGCUGAUUUACUGGGUGUUCUCCGAAUGAUAUGGACAGAUGUGCUCCUGAUGGAUGAAGUGCUAACUGAGGCUGUAUUUCCUGACUUUUCUCUGGAGGCUGCCCAGAUUACUCUCCAACAGUAUGUUACCAGCACGUUUUUGCAUCUUCGGCAGGAUAUCUCAGAUGCCCUCCUGAAAGUCCAUGUUAGACAUAAGGAUGGGGAGGAGGAAAACUCCUUACAGGUUGGCUUGGAGGCCAGCAAAAAGGCAGUGCUUCAAGGUAGCAUGGAUAUCUUACUGGACUUCCGUCAACUUCUUGACGACAAUUUAGAGCUAUUGGUUAAGCUGAGAGAUCUGGUUAUUGAUUCAGUUCAAGAAGGAUUUCAAGACUUCUUCAGGUCACUUGAUGAUCACUUCCUCAUGCUUUCUGGAAGAAAUAAUUCUUCCACUCAGGAUCAAGGUGCAGCAGGGGGAACAGUGGCCGAAAAAGUUCUCGCUGGUCUGGUCCUUGUGUUGGCUCAACUUUCAGUUUUCAUUGAACAAACUGCCAUCCCAAGAAUUACGGAGGAAAUAGCUACUUCCUUCUCUGGUGGAGGUGUUCGUGGGUAUGAAAAUGGCCCUGCCUUUGUUCCUGGAGAGAUUUGUCGAAGUUUUCGCUCAGCUGGUGAAAAGUUUCUGCAUCAUUAUGUAAAUAUGAGAACCCAGAGGAUAUCUGUUCUCCUGAGAAAGAGGUUCACAACGCCAAAUUGGGUCAAGCACAAGGAGCCACGGGAAGUUCAUAUGUUUGUUGAUUUGUUUCUUCAAGAGUUGGAAGCAGUAGGAACUGAAGUGAAGCAGAUCCUACCCCAAGGACUCAUCCGUAAGCAUCGCCGAUCUGACAGCAAUGGAAGCACUGCCUCAUCACGUAGUAAUCCAUUACGUGAAGAUAAAAUGAGUCGCUCAAAUACACAAAAGGCCCGGAGCCAGCUUUUAGAAACGCAUCUUGCAAAAUUGUUUAAACAGAAAGUUGAAAUUUUCACCAAGGUUGAAUAUACACAGGAAUCAGUUGUAACAACUGUAGUAAAACUUUGUCUUAAAAGUUUGCAAGAAUUUGUCAGACUUCAGACUUUUAAUCGAAGUGGAUUUCAGCAAAUUCAGCUGGAUAUUCAGUUCCUAAGAAAUCCUGUAAAGCAAGCUGUUCAGGAUGAAGCUGCCAUUGACUUUUUGCUUGACGAGGUGAUUGUUGCUGCUUCAGAGCGUUGUCUUGAUCCAGUCCCUCUGGAGCCUCCCAUUUUGGACAAACUUAUACAAGCAAAAUUGGCAAAAUCAAGGGAAGAUAAGUCAUUUUCCUCAUGAUCGAUGAAAUACUUACCUGAGUUAUCUAGAGCGAACUGAUACUCUUUGCUUGGAUAAUGACUUAUUCAGCAAGAACUUGACAUGAUUCUCUGGUGACCCGUGAAGAUUUGGUUGCUUCUUGGAAGUUUCCAUUCGUGUCCUUGGGCAUUUUGAUCCGUAUUUCUGGUGAUCAUGAAAACUUCGACGUAGUCUUCAUUUCCAAAUCACUGUGAAAGUAGGCACAGCUUUAAGCUUGCAGCUGGAAUCCGUGUGGCCUGCAGUCUGCCGGAAUUCGCCCAAAAUCUAUGGACCCUACCAAAAGGCAUGAACACCGUAAUUGUUAUAAUUUAAGAACCAUAUAUUGGUUUAUCUUUUUCUAAAUUUUAUUUCGUAUAUGAGACUAGAUUAAUUUGCUCAGUAUAACCGUUAGGUUUUCAUGCAUGUCUAGAACAUCCUUUAAAAAAAAAAGGUUAAAUACUUGAUGAUACUGGUCAGAAGUAAA